AUGGUGGAGGAUUUAGAAUGCCUUUCUAAGGGUACAUUUAUGGAGGGUGAGACAAACCAGAGAAACAUCAUGAUAUAUUCCAACGAUAGUGAAGGGAAGGAGUCAAAUGGGCUCCCCUCGAGGGAGAAAUCACUGGAAUCGGCUUUGAGGGGUGAGAAACCUGGAGAAAUUGACAUGGACAACCAGACAGAGGCGAAGGAAGAUGAUAAUUCUAAUGAGGAUUUAGAGUCGGACUCCCACUCUGAGGAUGAAGUGGAAGAUGGGGAUGAACUAGGACUUUCGACAAUUAUGGGCAUCAUGGGAAAGAGAUCCUUGGUUCAGACUAUGACAAAAAUUUUGAAACCUUAUGUUGGGGUAAAGAAGAAGAGAGGUCCCAAAUCUGCCAGAGUUAAGCUGGAAAUGGCAGGGUGUGCAGCGAGGCAAAAAAAAAUUAAGAUCGAUAAAAGGAUAUGCCUUUUCCAAGGAGUCAUGAGGGUCCUAUCGUGGAAUGUCAGGGGCUGCAUUGCCCAUGACAAAAUUCAUUUGAUCAAGCAUUGUUUUGAUCAAACAAGAACUGAGAUUGUUAUCUUGAUAGAGCUGAAAUUAGAAGGUGAAGAUGUUGAGAGAUUUGUUAGAGUGUUCAAAGGCUGGAAGUGUUUGAUUGUUGACUCGAUUGGUGCCUCAGGUGGCUUGGGAAUUUUGUGGAAGGAUUCAGUGGUAGACAUUCAUAGGGUUCAGGCUGAGAGAUCUUGGCAAUGGGUAGAAGUUUUGUCAAAAGAGUUGCAUUUAAGUUUCUAUUUGAUAAAUGUGUAUGGACCCAAUAAUACUCGUGAAUUGAGAUUUGUGUGGGAGUCUCUUUCAGAGGUUUUGGUUAGUCAAAGUGAUAAACCCUUCCUUUUAGGGGGUGAUUUCAAUGCUAUUCUGAGGCCCUCAGAUAAAAGUGGUGGUAUAGGCUGGAACAAUCAAAAGCAAAGAGACUUUAGUGACUUUGUGUGUAGCAAUGGGUUGAAGUAA